CAAGUUGGUCGACCUAUUACUAUGAAUCCUUUUACAAUUGCAGCACAAGCAAAAAAGCGAUAUUAUGAUAAAUUAACUGAUAGUGAAGAUGAAGCUACUAUAAAUAUCACAAGCUCUCUAAUGUUAAAUAAUAAUAGUGAAAAUCCCCAACCUAAAUUAUCACAUUUAUUAAGAGAAAAUCUUAAAUUUAAUUAA